GUCCGAUAUCAUAAUAGUAUAAAACGAUAACAUUAUCAGCGUUCGUUACCUCAAGCCAAGUUCAGUUUUCUGAUUCCCGUCAGAUAAAUCAGUUCAUCUACUUUAACUGAUUAAAAAUGCGGAGCCGAGUAGGUCUCGAUCGCGUUUGCGAAUUUUCAAAAUCAAUUCUUCUAUGUUGUGUUUUGCUCUUACUGGCGAGUCAUGCAUCUGCCCUAACCGAGAACGAGACCACGGAAAAUCAUGAGUCGAAGAAAUCAUUGGAAGGCAUCUCAGAGGUGGAAGACCACAUCGACGAUUCAGAUGCACCUGACGCGACUCGUACGGCUAGAUACGCAGCUCGUCCGUCAGAUUUAGGUCCAAACUACGUCUUAACGGAAGCGAGGCUGAAAGAAAUACGAUCCAAGUUAAUGUAUUGGUUCUUCGACAAGGGCGGUAAUAGCGACUUGGGCGAUUAUCAAAAAGACAUUCAAACGUCGAUGCCACAGAUGCACAAGAAUUUAGACUUUCAGUUGCCCUUCUUUGGAUCCAGAUUCAAUUACACCAGAGUAUCCAUGAAUGGUUACUUAGAAUUCAGCGACCCACCAGAGUACUAUACUUACCCCCUCGUCUUCCCUGUGAAAGACUGGCCAAAGAAGAACGAUCCCAGCUUCAUAGGAAUAUUCUUCAGCAAGUGUCGCAUAGGGGAGGUCAGAAAAGACGACAUAGAUCAAAGAGCGCCUGGCGUCUACUUCAGACUCGAAGAAGGCUUGCAGAGGAGAACUGAUCAAUUCGGUGUGGAAUUUCGAGAGCGUCUUAAAUGGGAUAUUCGCGAGGCCAUCGUUGGUUCCGACUCUUUUGAACCCAAGCACGCUAUUGUAACUACGUGGAAGAACGUGUCCUUCGCCGGUGGUAUCGAUAAUUCCCUCUUCAAGACGAACACCUUCCAAAUGGUUCUGGCCACGGACGAGGUGUCCACUUAUGCCAUUUUCAACUACUUAGACAUUCAGUGGACCAGUCACACGGAAGCUGGUGGCGAUACCGUAAGCGGAGAAGGUGGUGUUCCAGCUUUUAUCGGUUUUAAUGCUGGAAAUGGUACAGAAUCUUACGAGUACAUACCCUACUCGCAAAUGCGCAAGAUCCGUGAUUUAACGAGAACAGGAGGAGCUAACGGGUUUCCAGGUCGCCAUGUGUUUAAGAUAGACAGAGAUAUUACCCUCGGAACUUGCAACAAUCUCGUUGCAGCAAAACUGGCUAUGAAGCUCACGCCAGCAGGCGGGAACAAGUUAGGAGGCACGAUUGUAAACAUCACCGGUCCGUGUUUCAACAGAACUAAGAAAAUUCGUUGUAAGUUCGACAACGUGUGGGUGGAUGGUACAGUGAUCGACAGGAGUCGUGCGAUUUGCGUUCAGCCAUUCGUAGAAGCGUAUGGAAAAAUCGAUUUCGCGAUCAAGAUCGGAGAGGAAAAACCCUACACCUUGGAGGGGAAAUACUCCAUUUGGGAACCAGUUACAACAACUCCAAACACUUGGCCUUCAACUACAAAGAGACCAACACCUCCAAGCGUAGGACCUAUUCGGGAGCAUGUUGAAAUAAAAAUCACGUGGGAUCGCUACAAGUAUACAUAAGCUAAAUGGAGUCUGAUAUCUUAGCAUAUAUGUCAAGUAAACUCUGUAAUAUGUUCAAGUACUAUUUAAAUAAUAUAAAAAUUUUGUGACUAACUAUGGAAGCUGUACUAUAUAUUAUUCAAGAUUAUUCAUACGACACAUGAUACUAAAAAACAUUUUUUAA